UCCCUCACUCUGGACAACACGCGUGUCUCGGCUAGUUAACCUGAACUUAGAGGCUACAGCUAACCUUUACCGCCUCUUUGCUGUGGAGUUGUUUAAUGUUUUCACGAUUGGUUUUGACUUGUCUAGUGCCGAACAAAAGCCCAUUUUCAUUUAAGUGACGCAGUGUGUAUAUUUUCGGCGGCGUGGCUCUGUUGGAGUCACCAAGGUUAGCUAGCUGGUCAAGUUCGUCAUGUCGACGGUGUUCAACAAGACCGGGCCAAACCGCGGGGUUUCAAACGGAUGCAUCCAGGGCUGACAUGUAAGCUCUGUUGAUGAGAGCUGACAACAGAUGAAAACUGGAAUUCUUGAAAAGUUCCAAAAUGUCUUCGAUCCCUGAACUUCCUGCACCAGGAUCGGAUGUGACAGUCCUAAUAACCAGGGUUAACUUGAACCCCCUUUGUGUGCUUGUGGAGAUCUGGGGCAGCUUUAGCCAGAAAUGGAAAACAGACUAUGAGUGCCUGGCAAAAGACAUUCAGUCUUCUGGAAAAAUAUUUCAUGAGUCUGAAGGAAAUCCUGGUGACCAGUGCUUGGUUAAAGUGGUUGACACUUGGUACAGGUCUCGCAUAGUCUCAAAAAAUGGCUCAAAUUACAGUGUGUUCCUUAUUGACAAAGGGUUGGUGCAUAGUGUCACCACAGAUAUGCUGGCAUGGGGUAAGAAAGAGCACUUCCACCUACCACCUGAAGUGGAAUUCUGUGUGCUUUCUAAUAUUUUGCCACGUGCACCUGAGAACAGGUGGUCUCCAAUAGCUAUCGAGUUUCUGAGAUCUCUCUCUGGGAAAUGUGUGAAGGCAUGUGUCCAAGAUGUACUGGUGCCCCACAGAGCAGUUGUCCUUGACAUCCCCUGCAUAUCCAAGCAAAUGUAUGAGAUGGGAUUUGCAAGGAAGUUGUCUGCUGACAGGUUCAAGGACUUUCUACUUGAGACACUGCAGUCCAGCAGUGGUGCUCCAAUGUCCCCAGAGACACCCCACUCCAGUGAUGGUGCUCCAAUGUCCCUGGAGACUUGGCCGAACUACAAAGGAAGUGAACCAGUGGGACCACGUGAUCAUUUGCACAAACAAGGGCUUUUUAUGUACCCAGAGCGGCUGACAGGAACUGUGGAGACUGUCAUCAUCACAGAAGUAACAAAUCCACAGCGGGUUUUCUGCCAGUUAAAGGUUUUUUCACAAGAGUUGAAGAAACUGACAGAGCAGAUCACUCAGCACUAUGAGGGCAGACUGGCCACUUGCAUUGUAAGUCCUGAUAUGCUUGGGUCCCCAUGUGCUGCAAGAGGAAGUGACGGUAGGUGGUACCGGUCUGUUUUACAGCAGGUAUUGCCGACCGGCAAGGUGGUUGAAGUACUGAAUGUGGACUAUGGGAGAAAGCAGUUUGUUCAAGUGGAAAAUGUAAGGCCACUGGCUGCCGAAUUCUUCAGGAUGCCUGUUGGGACUUACAUCUGUGCCCUCCAUGGAAUCAUUGACAGAGGUGUGGGAUGGACAGCCACCCAGAUUGACAAUCUCAAGGCCCUUCUCCUGUAUAAGACACUCAUCGCCAAAUUUGAGUAUCAAAGCAUCUCAGAGGGUGUUCACUAUGUUACACUCUAUGGUGAUGAAAACACAAAUAUCAACAACCUGUUUGGCUCAAGGGAGAGGUGCUUACUUGAAUGUGAAAAAACCCUUGGAGAUUAUGCUGUCCACAGUACUGCACACAGAUACGAGCAACAGGUUCGAAAAGAAAGCCUAGGAAGUGUGUCUACUUCCCUGCAGGCUGUGAAGGGAACAGAUGAGAAAGGAAUUAUGGAGAAGUUGCAAGUUGAAGACCUUCCUCUCAACUCCUCACAUGUGGCUGUCGUGCAACAUGUGUCCAGUCCGUCAGAGUUUUGGAUCCAAACACAGAAGUAUGCAGAUGAGAUGGGUAAACUGAUGGAUAGCAUCUAUGAUCUGUACAAGGAUUCAAAUAGUGAAAAAGUAAGAAAUCCAACUGUUGGCCUGUUCUGUGCUGCCAAGGCAAAUGAUGGUGAUUUCUAUCGAGCAGUUGUGUCUGAAGUCAGUGAGACACGAGUCAAGGUGUUCUUUGUUGAUUAUGGAAGCACUGAAGAGGUUGAUAGGAGUGACAUAAGGGCCAUUCCUGACAAGUUCAAAAAGCUGCCCCAGCUUGUAUUGAAAUGUAAGCUGGCUGAUAUUAAGCCAAAAGAUAAGAGAUGGAGUCACAGUGCCACUGACUUUUUCAUUAAGGCAGUCACAGACAAAGUCCUUAAUGUUAAUGUGACAGCAAAAUAUGAUGGUGGUUAUGUUGUUUGUAUGACAGAUUCAGCAGCACAUGGAGAGAGAGACAUUAGCCAGCUGAUGUGUAGCUCUGGCUUUGCUGAGAAGGAUCAAGCACAGAAACAGCCCAUCAGCAGGAUGACCAUGCAGCCUACCGUCAUCCCUGCAGCACUGGGUCCAGGUGUCACACCUUUACACCGUGAGGGUAGGAUUUCUCUACAACACCCAAACACUGUUGGCCCCACCAGCAAUGAAAGAAGUGCUACCUUUAAGGAACACAUGUUCCCCAUAGGAAGUACCCUUGAAGUCAGUGUAUGUUACAUUGAAAGCCCCAAUGAUUUCUGGUGCCAACUUGUACAAAAUGCAGGGCACCUGAAAUUGCUUAUGCAAGACAUGCAGACAUACUAUGCAAGUAGUGCGUACCAGCCUUUUCUAGAAUCGGCAUGUGUCGCUCGGCAUCCAGAUAAUGGAAUGUGGUACAGAGCCCUUGUAAUUCACAAACAUGUGACACCCCAAGUUGAUGUGUUGUUGGUUGACUACGGCCAGAUGAAGACAGUCACUCUCUAUGAACUAAGGAAGAUAUGCCCUGAAUUCCUAAGUCUGAAAGGUCAGGCUUUUCGAUGUAGUCUGUACAACCUUGUUGACCCCACAUCAACCAUCAAUGAUUGGAGUGAGGAAGCAGUAGUUCAGUUCCAGGACUUUGUGGAUACUGCCGCAUCCAACCAUGUGGUUUUGAAAUGCACCAUAUAUGCCAUCAUGUAUAGUGAGCAGAAGGUUGUGUACAACAUUGUGGAUCUAGAAACACCCUUUGAAAGUGUCUGCACCCUUAUGGCCAGUGUUGCCAGUUCACCUCCCAAGAAAGCCUCCAGAUCCCCUCUCCGUCUGGAUACGUACUACUAUUCAACUCACAAUAUAAAAACAGGGACAGAGGAAAUGGUGACAGUGACAUAUGUGAACAGUGUCAAUCAGUUCUACUGCCAGCUUGAGAGGAAUGCUCACGUGAUGGAAGACCUUGUGAUAAAACUGAACAGUCUUUGCCACCAGCUUAAGACUGCAAAGCUCCCAGCUGUUUUUGGAACUGUGUGCUUUGCAAAAUACACUGAUGGGCUCUGGUACAGAGGACAGAUCAAGGCCACACAGCCAUCAAUCCUGGUUCACUUUGUGGAUUAUGGUGACACCCUUGAGGUGGACAAAUCAGACUUGCUUCCAGUCCCCACAGAAGCUGGUGACAUAGUUUCGGUGCCAGUACAAGCUAUUGAGUGUGGUCUUUCUGACAUACCUGCCAGUGUUUCAAGUGAGGUGAAUAGCUGGUUUGAAAAUAGUGUGACAGAACAUACAUUCCGGGCACUAGUGGUCGCCAAAGAACCUGGUGGUAAACUGCUGGUUGAGCUGUAUUCUGGAAAAACUCAGGUCAAUUCCAAGAUAAAAAAGAAAUUUCAGAUUAAGAUGCACAGUGAAGAGCAGGUUGUCUUCCAUGGUAAGAGAGCACUUGAAGUUCUUACAAAUGAUGCAAAAAAGAAUCGUAAUGCUUUGCCACAGCAAGUUACAGAAAGGCAAAAUGAUGCACAGAUCUUGAAGACAAACCAAAGGGUUUCUCCAAAACCAGUAUGUCAAAUGGAAGAUGACAUGAAAACUACCAAAGGCAGUCUGCGGUCUGCUCCCAAGCCUAUACGCCCCGUUGGUGAAAAUGGUCAUAAGGCCAAAGCUCCCACAUUAAAACUGUAUAGACCUCCACAACAAAGGAAGCUAUCUGGCACGAUGCCAACCAGCACAGGAAAUGGCUCUGAGCCAGCAGAUGCUAACACCAAACAAUCAAAACAAAACAUUAAACACAACAUUCCCACAGACCCAAAACAGGUAAUCAAAUCCAAAUUACCUGACACAGAAUCACAGAAGAAAAGCUAUGUGGCAACAGAUCAUGAGCCUGAAUCGUUCCCUAAACUUGCAGACCUGCCCUCAAAGUCCAUAACAUCAGGUAUGGAAGCAGAUGUCUUUGUCUCUCACUGCAAUAGCCCACUGAGUUUCUAUGUGCAGUUUGUUGAAGAGGAGGAUAACCUAUUCUCCAUUGUUGGAAAACUCAAUGAUUAUCAGACAGCGAUCAAACCCACUGAUGUGGAAAAUGUGCAUCCAGGUGACCUUGUUCAGGCAGAGUUCCCAGACGAUUCAUCAUGGUACCGUGCAGUUGUGAGAGAAAUUCAUGGAAACUCAAUGGCGCUUGUUGAGUUUGUUGAUUAUGGAAAUACCGCAGUAGUAUCAACUUCUAAGAUAUGCCGAAUCCACAAAUCCCUCCUGCAAUUUCCCACAUACAGCACACACUGUAUGCUGAGUGAUGGUGUAAGUCUUGGAAAAGAGUUAGCGCUGGAUCCAGAAGUUGUGUCAAAUUUCAAAAAAGACAUUGGUGAUAAUGGAGACAAGGAGCUAAAGUGCCGGUUUAUCAGGCAGUCUGAAUCUGUGUGGGAAGUCAGUCUUGAGGACAGCGGGGUGAAUGUCAUGUGUAAAGUACCUACUACAAGUCCAGCUGCUGCUUCAGAUUGUUUUGCAGAGAAACUUGGACAAAUGGAAGAAAAGCCCGUCCAAAGCUCUGUUAGUGGACAGAUGCCAACUGAGAAAUCUAGUUUGCAGCCCUGUCCACUGCGUUAUGUUGAGCGUGACUUUCUAGAGGGCCAGCAGUUAAUGGCUUAUGUCACAACCAUAAAUGAUGAUCAGAGCUUUUGGUGUCAGUCUGCUGACUCAGAUGAACUUGACAAAAUCACAGUAAGUGUGUCACAGCACAAGACUGUUAACACAGACUCACUUUCUCCCGGCAGUCCAUGCAUUGCCCGUUAUGCAGAAGAUGAGGUAUGGUAUCGUGCAGAGGUCAUCAGCAAAGAGGAAGACAUGCGUUCCGUCUUUUUUGUAGACUAUGGAAACAAGUCUCAAGUCAGUGCAAGGGAUGUACUGCAAAUGCAACCUGAACUGUGUGAAAUUCCACCACAGGCCUUUCUGUGCGAGCUUGAAGGCUUUGAAGCUUAUCAUGGCUCCUGGGAAGAUGGUGCAAUAGAUACAUUAUCAGAACUUAUAACAGAUAAAGAAUUACUGCUCACUGUUAAUAGAGUAACAAGAGGAGAACAAGGCAAGAUCAAAUGCUUUGUCCAAAUGGAGUGUGAGGGUCAAGUGAUAAAUGAGACAAUGAGGGCCCAGUGGAGGAGCUUCACAAACAACAACAACCCUGAUGCUGUUGAUCUGUCCUCUUCAUACAAAGCACCACAAUUGCCAUUUGAUUCAGACACACCAAAGGAACUUGUUAUCCCAGAAACAGAUAUUGCUGUUUCUUUCAGUCAGUCUGUGGGAGACCAGAAAGAAGAGGAAUACACUGAAGAGCUCAAUACUCCUUGUGAUGCAGGUGAUUCCUCACAAUUAUCCUGUCUCAUGAAGAGUGAUGGCUCUGUUCCAUCUCAGUCUUCUGCUGAUGCCCAAAAGGAGGAUGUUGAUGAGAUUUUGUCGGAGUCCAGUGUGACUGUCCAACCUUGUUCGGUGACUGAGAUGGAGAUGAUUGGAGAAAAGGUUUCCAAACAAGUGGUAAAGUCACUACCAGCUACUGUGAUGUCUGAAGCAGAACCAAACAGUGACUGUUUGUCAUAUGAUGUUGGAAAGGAUCAAACCAUGUUACCUCUGCUUGAUAAAGGUGAACAAGACACUGUGAAAUUUGAAAGUGGCAGAGACUUUGAGAAGAAGGCCGCAUCAACGAUUGAAAGCUUGGUUGGCCCAGAAUACACAAAUUUUUCACCAUGCUCAGAUGACGAGCUCAAGCAGGCAGUGGCCCCAUAUGCCAGGCAAACUCAGAAAGUAUGUAAUAAGAUGUGCUUUGAGGCUGGGCCACAGAGUACACAGUCUGCUCCAACCACUACAGACACAUUGGUAGCCCAAGAGGAGAAAUGUGUGGAUGAGGAAGAGUGUCAGACGGUGGUUGCUGAGUUGGAGUGUCUGCCCAAAGAGCAGGAUAGCCACAAUGCACAGGACAAUGCUGACAUCGUGAAAGAUUCUGAGUUUGGUCUGCUGAGACCUGCUGAAUCUCUCCCCAUUAAUUCGGCCUGUGUGGUCUGGUCACCUGUAAAGUCGUGGUGUAAAGCACGGAUCUUGAAGAAGUUUAAAGACAGCACUCUGGUUCUGCUUGUUGAUUAUGACUCUGAGAUGAUGGUUGACCCUGACAGUAUCUUUGACACUGUGUUACCAGAGUCUGACCAGUGUGAUAAUGAUGACAGUCCUGACCUCGAUGGGGCUCUUCCUCAUAACGAGUCUCAGGCUGGUGCUACUAUUGAACAGGAAGAUGAAACUGGAGAAGUCGCUCCACAGGAGGAGCCACCAUGUACUCCCACAUAUGGCAAGAAUAACUUGACUGAAGAUGACGCCCUGGCCCAUCAAGAAGAUAAACACCUCGCCCUGCUAGUUGACACUGAACCAGCAGUUAGUGAGCAGCAUACCGACAUAGUUCUCUCUCAGAAGAUGGAUGAUGUGGCUGGACAGGGCACCAGCUCUAUUGAAGAGGCCUGUCAGGCAGAUGUCUGCAUUGAUUUGGAACAUGGAGCUGAGGCAGUGGGCAGUGAGCAGCUGUUGCACACAACCCCGACACGAGAUACGGAUUCAGAAGAUGAUGUCAUUCCGGAAGAAAUGUCCAAUUCUUCAGACAGUAGUCUCGGGGUCCAGUUGUCAACUGUGACACAUCUUUCUCUAGUUAUCAUCAACAGCUCUGAUGAUACUGUCGUGUGCUUGAAAGAGACUCAGUCCCUUCAGCAGCAGCAACACUAGAACUGGCAGCAAAGGAUUGGGAUGUGGCCUCGCCAGAUCCACUUUUCUUUCACGUUUGCCAGAUGCCUCAGAUGGACAUUUAUCGUCUACUUUUGUUCAAGUUGAGUUCAGAAUAUGUCCAACAAGUUCAAGUUGAGUUAACAUUUUUUUGUUUGUUCUCACAAUAUUUACUGACAAAGUCUUCACUAAAUAGGUUGACAUUACAUGUCGUCUGGUGUUACAGCUUAUUCAUUGUUUCCUGUUGGUAAAGUUAGUAAAGCACAUCGAGUGAACACAGUGAAUGUCACACCCUGAUUUUGUGAAGCACUGAAUUUGAUCUCGGUAUUUUGGUGCUUCCCCAGUAUGCUAAUUUAACCAUUGUAGGAUCAGUCUGUUGAGUGUUUGUUUGAAAGGCUGUUUUGCCCCUUAAUGUUUAAAAACGUCUUCAAAGUAGUGAAAAUUUUGUUGAAUACUAAUUGCGUGAUCUGCAUCGUUGAAUCAGGACAAAUGUUGAGAUGAGAAUGAGAAAAACAAGAAUUUUAUUUUCAAGAAUGCUCAGAUGUUUGAUCCUAUAUUACUUGUGGAAAUAUUUGAGAGAAAUUUAUGUUGGCGCAAUAAAUAAUACUGCAUUUCCAUACAUGA